GAUCGACUUCUUUCGUCUGUGCGUUGCAGGACGGCUUUUCUACCUUUAUUGUAGAAUUUGUUUUCAGGGGUUAUCACGACAAUCCUAAGAAAAUGGUCCAAAAAAAGUUAAAGAAAAAGACUGGGAAGAAGGUAGCAGCAGCCCCACUUGCUGUUAAAAAACCAGAAGUACAGAAGGUGGUGAAUCCUUUGUUUGUGAAAAGGCCAAGGAAUUUUGGAAUUGGCCAAGACAUCCAACCGGCGCGUGAUCUGAGUAGAUUUGUCAGGUGGCCGAAAUAUGUCAGGAUCCAACGUCAGAAGGCCAUUCUUCAAAAGAGGUUGAAAGUGCCUCCAUCCAUCAACCAGUUUUCACAAACAUUAGAUAAACAGACCCAAACCCAGUUGUUUAAAAUUUUGGAUAAGUACAGGCCGGAAUCUGCUGCAGCCAAAAAACAGCGGCUAAAAGCUAGAGCCGAAGGCAAGGUCGCCAAGAAAGAGGACACUCCGACAAAACGUCCUAAUGUUGUUCGUCAAGGAGUUAACACUGUUGUGAAGCUUGUCGAACAAAAGAAAGCCCAGAUUGUUGUCAUCGCCCACGAUGUUGACCCACUAGAACUUGUUCUUUUUCUGCCAGCGUUGUGCAGAAAGAUGGGUGUCCCAUACUGUAUUGUCAAGGGCAAAUCCCGCCUGGGCAGACUUGUCAGGAGAAAGACUUGUACUGCUGUAGCUUUGACUCAGGUCGAUUCUGGCGAUCGAGUCAACCUCACCAAGGUAGUUGAAGCUGUCAAGACCAACUAUAACGAGAGGUAUGAAGAAAUCAAGAGGCAUUGGGGCGGCGGCCUCUUGGGUGCAAAGUCUGCAGCUAGAAUAGCUAAGUUAGAGAAAGCGAAAGCGCGUGAAUUGGCCCAAAAGCAGGGAUAACCUUUUAUGAAAAUAUAUUCCUUGUUUUAAUAA